GUCGCCUGUGGAUUUGAAGCCGGGUUAAAGUGAUGGAAGGGAAUUUUCCUUCGGCGAAGUCUUGAAUUAAACUGCGAAUUAACGGCUUUCCCCAACGCGGAGAGAACAUGUGAGCAGAGGGAGGCAGCGAAGCCGUGAGACGCUAGCAUUGGAGUGAAGGUGAAGGGCCGUUCGCUGCGGCACUGCGGACCCGCCCCGGCAACCACAGUCGUUGGUCAGGGGCCGCACUGUGUUACCGCCACAGGCCGCAGGCUCCAUCCUUCCCCUGCCCUGUUAGCGGCUCAGGCUCUAACUGACUUCAAGUCUGUUCCUCUGCAAUGAACAUCAUUGCCCAAAAAAGUCCUGAGCUCAAUUAAAAUUGUGAACCUCAAGUGUCCAUUAACUUAAAGAACACACACAAAGCCAGAAUUUGAGGAUUUUAGCUGAUGUUGUCUAGCAGCAACAGAAUUCGUCUUCAGGAUAAGAUCUGCAGUGCGCAGCAUAGAACGAAAAUGGAUGAGCAAAGUGUUGAAAGCAUUGCAGAGGUGUUCAGGUGCUUUAUUUGUAUGGAGAAAUUACGUGAUGCUCGGCUGUGUCCACACUGUUCAAAACUUUGUUGCUUCAGUUGCAUAAGGCGUUGGUUAACAGAACAGAGAGCCCAGUGUCCACACUGCAGGGCACCUCUUCAGCUGCGGGAGCUCGUGAACUGCCGUUGGGCAGAGGAAGUCACACAACAACUGGAUACACUUCAGCUAUCUAAUCUCAGUAAGCAUGAGGAAAAUGAUAAAGACAAAUGUGACAGUCAUCAUGAGAAACUGAGUGUAUUCUGUUGGACUUGCAAGAAAUGCAUCUGUCACCAGUGUGCACUUUGGGGGGGAAUGCACGGAGGCCACACGUUCAAACCAUUAGCUGAGAUUUAUGACCAACAUGUUACCAAGGUGAAUGAUGAAGUGGCAAAGUUGCGACGUCGAUUGAUGGAGCUAAUAAGUUUAGUUCAAGAAGUGGAGAGAAAUGUGGAAGCGGUACGUAGUGCAAAGGAUGAGCGUGUGAGAGAGAUUAGGAAUGCUGUGGAAAUGAUGAUCGCAAGACUGGAUACGCAUCUGAAAAAUAAACUUAUAACACUAAUGGGUCAGAAAACAUCAUUGACCCAGGAAACUGAGCUGCUUGAGUCACUGUUACAAGAAGUAGAACAUCAGCUGCGAUCCUGCAGUAAAAGUGAAUUAAUUGUGAAAAGUCAAGAAAUCCUGUUGAUGUUCCAGCAAGUACAUCGUAAACCCAUGGCUUCCUUUGUCACAACACCUGUCCCACCAGAUUUCACAAGUGAGCUGGUUCCUGCUUACGACUUCAGCACAUUUGUCCUAUCAAAUUUCAGCACUUUGCGUCAACGUGCAGACCCUGUAUACAGCCCUCCUCUGCAAGUAUCUGGACUCUGUUGGAGACUGAAAGUUUAUCCAGAUGGAAAUGGAGUAGUGCGUGGAAAUUACCUGUCAGUGUUUCUGGAACUCUCUGCAGGACUCCCUGAAACAUCAAAGUACGAGUACCGAGUGGAAAUGGUUCAUCAAGUCUCUAAUGACCCAACCAAAAACAUAAUUCGAGAAUUUGCUUCUGAUUUUGAAGUUGGUGAAUGUUGGGGUUACAAUCGUUUCUUUCGAUUGGACCUUCUUGCCAGUGAGGGUUACCUGAAUAUGCAGAGUGACACCUUGGUCCUCAGGUACCAGGUGCGUGCACCUACAUUUUUCCAGAAAUGUCGUGAUCAGAAUUGGUACAUCAGCCAACUUGAGGUAGCUCAAACGGGUUACAUUCAACAAAUUAACAAUCUCAAAGAGAGAUUGGCCAUUGAACUGUCACGUAACAGAGCCUCUCAAAGCUUGUCACCACCCAAUACGCGCUUGAGCCCACAAAACAAUGACUGCUCGGAUACCAGGACAAAAAAGCUUGCUUGUAAUGAAGAUUUGCCAGCAGAGGGUGCGUGUUCCGUUUUAGCAGUCAGCCAGGUUAAAGAGGAGGAGGAAGAGGACAAGACUCCACAGGAUGACUCAAAUCAUGAUCUUUCUGAUGGUGAUUUGGACAUAGAAUUCCUCACAGUAGAUGAUGAAUUGAACCAACUUGAUGGCAGCAGCUCCUCUGCGAGUUCCUCGGCAACAAGUAAUACUGAAGAAAAUGACAUUGAUGAGGAAACUAUGUCUGGAGAGAAUGAUGUUGAAUACAGUAACAACAUGGAUUUGGAGGAAGGAGAGCUGGCAGAUUCAGCAGGAGCUUCUGGAGGGAUGAACAACCACAAUAGGUCUUCAAGGAGGGUAAUGGGCAGUCUGACAUCCACAGCCAGCAGCAGCCUACUUGACAUUGACCCUGUCAUUCUCAUACAGCUGUUGGACUUGAAGGACCGAAGUAGCAUGGAAAAUCUGUGUCUUCAGCCCCGUCCACCUGCUUCCCUCCUGCAUUCAGCAGCUCAGUGUCGUAAAGAUCGUGACCAGCGGAGACAAAUGUCAGUGCGUCGUUCACCUCCUGAUUCCGGAGUUCUGAAGAGGUUGAAGGCCCAGAUGGCUGAAGUCAGGAGCAAAAUGUAUGAAGUGAAAAGCCAGAUGUCAGAAGUGAAAAAUAAUACAGUGCCAUGUGCUGAUUUCGGAUCAAACUGCAUUCUCUCAUGCAGGAGAGCAGGGACCAUUGGUGGACCCUGUGGAAUUGACAGCAUCCGGAGACAUGAAGCAGCAACUGUGAAAGGCUGCUUGCCUCCUCUGCUGGAAAGGACUAGGACUGUUUUGAUGAGAAUUGCUAAGAGUAGGAAAGAAAUGACUCUACAGGCAUCUAAAGCAUCCAGCAAGAAAUCUGCAUCUCCGAAGCAAAAUCGCUCGGGCCCAGGGAACUCUCUUUCUCUCCGCGAAGCACUGGAUUGUGGGGAUAAGGAUCUCCACUGCCAAGAGAACUGUCCAUCCAUCGCAGGAGGAUCAACAAAAUCCAACAAUAGGCAAGGAUCCCCACAUUCUAUAAACAAAUCCAAUGAUUCAGAGAUGCCAUCAAUCUGCAAGGCUGACGACAGGCCUUCUACCGUUGCUGCUUCUGAAAUAUUUGGCACCUCUGCACUGAAUGGAUUGACCUCGCUGGAGAAGUCACGGAAAAUUGUCACACUAGGGUCAGUGCCCCAAUGCUCAUUCACAGAUGGCCAGCAACAUUCCAACACAGAAAAUGCAGUCACUUCAGGAAUGCAUGCAUCAGCUCUUGACAGUGCAUCAACCAGGCCAGAAGAAGUCAUGUCACUUCAGAAGACAAUCCUUCGUUUACUACCUGGGAUGAGCACCGACAGUGAGAGUGAGUGCGAUACUGAGAAUGAGGAGCAGGAAGAAAACAGGUCCACAGAGGUGGUGACUCAUAACUUUGCGGUUCAGAGCUCUGGUGAAGGUGAUUUGGGCAAUUCUGAAAGCACCAAUUUUGUCAAUGGAGAAAAAAAUGAGUGAUCAUAAGGACAUUGCCAAUGGAAAAUAUUUUGCAUCCAGAUUGCAUUGGAAAAGUGGAAGAGGAUGGGGACCUGCUAAAGAUCUUUCCAUCUUUAACAGUAGGUUAAGGGAAAUAACCUGUAACAUCCCGUGUGAAACUAAUGCUUGUCUGUCAUUCAUACACUACUACACCAGCUGUGGGCUGAUGCAGCAAGAUCCCAGUAAACAUUGCACUGAUUUUGUUUUCUUUGAUGGGUCAAAGUUAAUUACAUCAGCCAGUACUUGGUUUUACAUUUUAAAAAGCUCUUAAACUGUAAACCAUCUCUUCCGUACAGCAAGGUCCUGGCUUUAAUAGUCGCUACAUUGGGUCAUUGGUGCAUUUUCAGCCUUGAGUUUUUGCACAGCUGCCCUGUCCACUGUCCUUUGCAAACAUUUGCUCAGCAGUUGAGACCUUCCUUAUUUCAAGCAGUUGACUCACUAUCUUUCAUGGAAACUUUUUGUUCUUCUGCCUUUUUUUUGUAACAGUUGUUGUAGAUCAUUUCCUCUUCAAGCUGAACUUUUCUGUCCAUAACUCCCAGAACAAUUAGAAUAAACGUGAAUGGGCCCUGCUGUAUUCUCAAUUGCCUCUGGUUGGUAGGAGCUGAACAUCAGCAAUGAUCCAUGUAGGGACUUGGCCUUCCCUGGCAAGUUGAGAUGGAGUGGGGGUGGCGGGGAAGGGGUGGGGGUUGGUUGCAGUUGUGAGCAGUGGCUGAAAUUGUGAAUUUGCCAAGUGGGUUAUUGGUAUGCAUUGCUCUUGUUUUCCUCUUGGGCAUACUUGCUUGUUUGAGACCGCUGGUGUUUUACUACUGAUGAUCUUGAGAUUGUAAAGUGAGUUGUGUAAUUAGACAGACUACAGCAGACUAAUAAACCAAUAAGUAGGUAUUGGUUGGUAUAAGCUGAGUCUGUAUUCUGUGUGUGCUGUAACUUGGACUGUUAGAUUCAUGAUUAGAUGCAUGUACAGUGGAGUGUUGUAUUAUACCUGUCCCUGGAUUUCAUUCUUCAAACACAAUGGACACAGAAUGGAGUGGUGAUUGAACAAAUGCUCUGUAUUGAGGGAAGUAGUCCAACUGAUCUAUGCAUGUCGAACCUUUAUGCUUUUUGGCCUUAACCUAUCAUGUAUUUUAUCAAGGUUAUUUGAACAAUAGUGACAUUGUACUCAAUUGCUUUUAGAUUCAUGAUCUAAAUGGCACUUUAAGUACUGCCCUGUUGACCCCACUGAAGUUAACAGGGGUAUGAUUUCAGUGGGCAACAUUUGCCUAGUUGUCCCUUAACAUUGAAAUCAUAGAUUUGUCCUGAUGCAUGGUGGUGCUGUGUACAUAUCUUCUGUGCAAAAUUUCUCCUACAGUUGGCAUCUGGUCAAGUGUCACUAGCUUAUUCAUUACUUCCAUUUCUUGUGUGCAGUGGAGCGCUGUAGGGGGAAAAAACUAGCCUGCUGAUGAGCAAUGUUAUAACAGCAAGUAAUCUGGAGUCUUCAAAAAUAAAACUGAGCAUACUGUACCGAAGUUGGGAAUGUUUUACAGCUGCACUUGUUUAUUUGGUCUAUUUUACACUUGAUUGUUUCAGUUUAUGGAUCAUUUCUGGCACAAGGUUGAAGCAAAAAUUCCAACAAAAUUCCUUAAUGUUAAUUUAUUUCUAAUUAAGUAUCAUUUUAUUUAUUCAUUCCGCUUCUGCUCUGGAGCAGCUAUUCUAUGCGACCCCACUAUUAUACCCUUCUCUGCCAAAUGAUUUCUGUACAGAAGGUACAAUCACUUUGUAGUUUUCUUUUGUAGCUGUACCCUAGUGGUGCCAAGCAGUGUUUUCCUCUGGGAAUUCCCCAGCUAUGAAUUGAUUAGCAAAGCUGUGAUAGCUGGUGCCUUUCUAUUGAGAGAAAACUCUUGCCUGGGUUUUGCUCACUAAUCAGCUUGAUGCUCCCACCCCAAAGCCUUUGUUUUUUUUUAAAAAAAAAGGCGCUUAUCUGUGAUGAUUUGUUCUCCAAGAGUUGGGAAAAUCUGUGGGUUUUGUUAAAUCCAUAGUUUACAAUGUCUCUGCCUUAGACCAGUCUUUAAUUAUACUCUGUUACAUCAAGCAGUUCCCAUUUACUUAGUGCAGAUAUUAGAAGUAAGUUUUCCAGAACUUUCCAUUAGGUUGGUGAACAUGUACAAACAAAAGACUUGAAUCUUUGUGGGACCUUUUUACUUCUCUGCUUACUGGUAUGGUAUGUUGUUAUUUUGGUUUCCAGUGUUUGUUCUUUGAAAGGCAAUGUGUGGGUAACUGGUGAUGAGUUUGCUCUGGCGACACUACCUUUAAUUCAACAACCUUGUCCACACUUCUCCCACUUCCCCUACAACUAUGAUAUGUUUGCAAUGUAUUUAACUUUGCAUAAUAUUUCUUGCUUUAAAGAGCACAUUUAGGUUUUGUGAAUUUCUUCAGCACUACUUUGAGGAUGCUUUGCCAUUGAGGAAACUCUGCCAUUGAGGAAACUGAGAUCUAGCAACAAGUCUGUUAAAUCACUGCUGGCAGCCUAUCCAUGUAGUAGAAAGCAGAAUACUGAGUGGGUAGUACUGAGAUUUAAUUGUGCUGCAAAGUACCCUGGACCCAGUUUCUGUAAUGCUUAUCAACAUCCUGUCUAAAUGUGAUGUACUUUGUACUGUGAAGUACUGUUAGAAAGUUGUGCUUUAUUUGCAAUGUAUCCAGUGUUGCAUUUUAAAUACUGUCUCCAUUGUGUUUACAUGAUCACAUUUCUGCACUUUUUUUGUUAAUAAAACUAA